UCCUCGCCAAGAACGAUAAAGAGGGAAGAAGGCAUGCCGGGAGUUGUGGUUUUCAAAGCAAGGAGGCCUAGAGAAGCGAAGCUGGCUUAACGGGCCUUUAGGAACUUUGUUUCCCAUGCGCCUUCGCGUCACGUCCGGCCAUAUCGACCAUGCUCCGGUACUGCUGUUUGGUUCGAAAGUGAAACGGGAACCAACCUUCGGGUGGUGGAUGGCCAUUAGUCACCUUUUUUGUUUGCCAGGAAACGUUGAGCCUUGUAGUAGCCUGGUCUUUAAUUCGAAGGGGAGACACCAAACAAAACAUACUCCAAGGAAAACAUUGAGCUCUAUGGGAAGAUCAUUCUGGGCCUACCUUACUCUUUGCUAAGACUUCGCCUCAGCUUCGAUGGAUACUUUUCCUUUUACGAUAGGAGAAGCGAUCUGUUUGGGGUCGAGCUUGGCUUUCUCUGGCCUCUUUUAUUACCUGCACAGGAAGAAGGCCAAGGUGGUGUCCAAAAUCCAGGGGGCUCCGAAGCUCCAGGUCGAUUCAAGUCUUCCCAGCGUUCUGUCCGCCGCAGGUAGCAACUGCCUCCCCUACGUUGUCAUUGAAGGAGUGGUCCAACCGGUCGAAGCUGCCCUCACCAGCCCAUACCACAGCGAGCUGCAGGGAGUGAUCGAGAGACUGAUCCUGAAGGAGCAUCGCUUGAUCUGGAACAGCCUGGCCCGAAGCUGGACCGACAGUGAACGGGUGGUGCUGGAGCAGCUGCACACAGUCCCCUUCGUCCUCGCCUCCGCCGACAAAGAGGCAGGACGGGUAAGUGUGGAAUUGCCCCUCCAGGCGGUUGACCUGCCCUUGGAGACCGUCUACGAACGCUUCCAGCAGACCUCCCAUGGCUUCAAAGACCUCCUCAGCCACUACCUGAGCGGGGAGAAGCCCAAGGGCUUUCUGGAGACUGAAGAGAUGCUUUUGGUGGGCAGCAGCCUGACCGGCAUUGGCGAGCUGGCCCAGCGCCCCGAUGGUACCCUCUGCCUGCAGCCCCCUUCGAAUGGAGCCGGCUAUUUCCUGUGCCUGGAGGAUUGGCAGACCUUGCUAUCUGGUUUGCAGUCGGCCAGCAACUUCUGGAAAUGGACAGCCUUGGUGUGUGGCUUUGUGGCUGCGGUGGUUGUCCUGCGGGCCCUUCGUCGAGCCCACCGGAUCCGCCGGUUAAACCGGGAGCGGGAGGCGCAACGACAGGAAUUUGAAGACUACCUGCGGAAUCACAACCAGGACGAAGAGCUGCCCGCAAACGGCUGCGUGGUGUGCUUGACCAAUCCACGCGAGUGCGUCGUGCUGCCCUGUGGCCACAUCUGCUUGUGCUUCCACUGUUUCCAGGCCUUGCCCAACCCUUCCUGUCCCAUCUGCCGGGGACUCAUAGACCGUGUGGUUCCCCUCUACCAGGCUUAGGGAGGCCUCCUACUCAGUCAGCUGCCCCUAGUCACUAGGGCCUAGUGCAAGAAAUUAGGACCGUGUUCACAGUGGUUAUACUAGAGCAGUGUCUCAACUUUGGCAACUUUGAGUGGACUUCAACUCCCAGAGUUCUCCAGUUAUCCAUGCUCGGCUGGGGAAUUCUGGGAGUUGAGGUCCACCCAACUUAAAGUUGCCAAGGUUGAGACACGCUAUUAGAAACUAGCAUCCCAAUUAUGGGUUGAGGGACAUCCGAUCUCCUGAGGUAUGUGGUCUCGAAGGAUCUCCGUGAUCUCAGAGGAUCUCCCUCUGCACAAAUUCUUGCUAUUGGGAGGCAUGUCCAGAGAAGAUGUCUCAGCAAAGGCUGCCUUGAUCACCCUUCCAGCUUUGCUGUGCUGGAAGAGACAUUAAACAGUCCUUCUGGUUGCUCUCCUGUGGUGUUGAGACACCAACCUCAGAGUUCUGGGGGAAUUCUGGGACCUGUAAUCCAAACACAUCUAGAGAGCGCAGGGUUGGGAAAGGCUGAAUUUAUCUGUUGCACAGGGAGUCACCAAGCUCCUAAGCCUCCCUUGCUGGUUUGCAAACUUAAAGCAAUAAUCACUGUAAGAGUAGAGCAUCUUACCUAAAUGAUAGGAGCUGGGGAUUUUUUAAAAAUUAAAACUCAGUGGUUAGUUGUCUAUAAACCACAUCCGGCAGUCUUUGCUUCAGGAUUUUAACGGUUGAAUGCCAGGGGUUACAGGACAUAAAUAACCAACUCAAGUUCUGGGUUUCCAUUGAAAAUAUUGGCCGCAUUUAGCUUCAUCACAAUAUCUUUUUUUAGUCCUUGUCAGGUUCUGGAACAUUUCAAAUCACCUGCUUCUGAAUAGCCCUUGAAGCUUCAGGUUUCCUGCCGAUACGAAGUUUAAACUGGCAUGAAGUUGGCUGUGUAGAGUUUACCUCCCUUAACUUAGAACUGUGUUUCCCAACUUUAGCAACUUUAAGACGUGUGGACUUCAACUCCCAGAAUCCCCCAGCCAGCGUAGCUGUCCACACAUCUUAAAGUUGCUAUCUUAAGUCCGCACAUCUUAAAAUGCUGAGUAGGGAUUAGAGUUUUAAUUGACAUGCAAACGGGCUUGCGCAGGAGCCGAGAUGCAGUCAAGAUGCACCUCUUUGGUGCACAGACAUUUCUAGCCGAUACCAGCGAAUACAGACUAAGGAGGACUAAGCCCUCAAUUUUGCUGGAACCGUUCCUUUCAAGUCGGACCUGUACGGAAUGGCAGAUGGUGUUUAAACAUACAAGAUUAUGAUUGAUGUUAAUGACUGGUUUUUGCCCUCAUUUUGGAAUUGCCGAGAUCUUGCCUCUUGACAUACAAGGGUUGGAGGUAGAAGGCUGAUCCCAGAGGAGGUGACUGCCAAAAAGACUAUUCUAGCAUAUACAGCUGAUUUGCUUUCUUGCCAAGCAGGGGGCUUGCCAGCCCUAAUUUUCUUAACAUCAAGUUCGGGAUGAGAGGCAGAAGCUGUCAUCCAUGAUUUGCCCACUCAAAUGAAUCGUUUCGCUUCGCGCUAUCUUCGACGACGAACCGAGCAUUGGAUGGUGUUUCGCAGUCCUGCGCGCCGGGAAUAUAAAGUCAAGAAUUAUUAAAUCGGCAAAUCCGUCAA